AUGCUCGCGAACACCGCGCGAGGCGCGAGCGUACGGCGCGAUGGCGUCGCGAACGAUCGCGCACACGCGCGCUCGGGGUCGACGGUCACAAAGCGCGCGCGAAGGCCGGUGCGCGUCGCUCGGGCGGUGACGGACGACCAAGAGUCCGAGCUCGAACAAAGAAUGAAAGAGGUGAUGCAGAUGGAGUCUGAUUCGAAGAUCGAAAAGGAGGAGAGCACGAUGCGACAGACGUUCCCGCUCGCCGCGGUGAUCGGGCAAGAGAAGAUUAAGAGCGCCCUACUCUUGGGAGGGAUCGACCCCACGCUCGGCGGGAUCGCGAUCUCCGGUCGAAGAGGCACGGCGAAGUCCAUCAUGGCUCGCGGCUUGCACGCGCUCCUUCCGCCGAUCGAGUGCGUGAAGUCGUCGUACUGCAACGCGGACCCGACCAAGCCGGACGAGUGGGAAGACGGGCUCACAGAGGAAAAGCUCAACAGAGAUGAGAACGGGAACAUCGAAACCAUCAUCCGCGAUGCGCCGUUCGUGCAACUUCCGCUCGGCGUCACGGAAGAUCGUCUCAUCGGUACGGUUGACAUCGAGGAGUCCAUGAAGCAAGGUAAGACUGUUUUCCAGCCGGGUCUCCUCGCGCAAGCGCAUCGAGGGAUCUUGUACGUCGACGAAAUCAACCUUUUGGACGAUGGUGUCGCCAACUUGCUCCUCACCGUGCUCGCUGAGGGUGAAAACGUGGUCGAGCGUGAAGGUAUUACGCUCAGACACCCGUGUAAACCGCUCUUAAUCGCGACUUUCAACCCGGAGGAGGGCGCUCUUCGCGAGCACCUUCUCGACCGCAUCGCUGUGACGCUUUCGGCGGAUCAGAUGUUGACGUUCGAGGACCGCGUUGAGGCGGUGAACCAAGCGAUGAACUUUCAAAAUGCCGCCGAAAAUUCGGUGAAGAGCGUUGAGGAAGCGACGGAGGGCAUUAAGACCAACAUCGUCCUCGCGCGCGAGUGGUUGAAGGAUUGCACCAUCUCCCAGGAGCAAGUCGAGUACCUCGUGCGCGAAGCCUGCCGAGGCCGCAUCCAGGGCCACCGCGCCGAGCUUUUCGCUGUCAAGGCUGCAAAGGCGCUCGCCGCGUUGGAUGGUCGAUCCAAGGUGAACGCCGACGACUUGAAGGAGGCUGUCAGACUGGUCAUCGUCCCGAGAUCGGACAUUUUGCAAGACGCACCUCCGCCGGACGAGGACGACGAUCAACCGCCGCCACCGCCACCGCCGCCACAAGACAACGCGGACGAUGAAGAUCAAGACGAAGAUCAAGAAGACGAGAACGAGGAAGAGGAGGAAGAAGAAGAUGACGUUCCUGACAUUCCAGAGGAGUUCAUCUUUGACGCAGAGGGCGUCAUUUUGGAUAAGGAUGUUACCCAGUUCGCGCAGCAAACAUCCAGACAAGGGGGGCGCUCUGGUCGAUCGAAGAGCGUGAUCUUCUCCACCGAUCGUGGUCGCUACAUCAAGCCCAUCUUGCCGAAGGGGAAGACAAUUCGCCUGGCGGUUGACGCGACGCUUCGCGCCGCGGCGCCGUACCAGCGGGCGCGUCGGGAAAGAGAUCCAAAUGCGGAGAAGAAAAAAGUGUACGUUGAGAAGGGUGACAUGCGCGCGAAGAAGCUUGCGCGCAAGUCUGGUGCGUUGGUAAUUUUCCUCGUCGACGCAUCGGGCUCGAUGGCGUUGAACAGAAUGCAAGGCGCGAAGGGCGCGGCGCUUUCCAUCCUGGAGAGCUCGUACCAAAGCCGUGACCAAGUCUCUAUCGUGCCGUUCCGUGGUGACGAGGCCGAAGUGCUUUUGCCGCCGUCGCGAUCGAUCGCUAUGGCGAGAAAUCGCCUCGACUCCAUGGCGUGCGGUGGUGGCUCUCCAUUGGCGCACGGCUUGUCCGUUGCCGCUCGCGUCGGCCUCAACGCCAUGUCCACGGGCGACGUUGGACGAGUGAUGAUUGUCUGCCUUACCGAUGGCCGCGCGAACAUCUCCAUUAAUAAGUCGCAGAGAGACCCGGAGUAUCUCGGUCCGGACGCAAGGAAGCCGACGAACGAGGAGCUCGAGGAGGAAGUGAACGACAUGGCGGCGCGCGUCGCCGCAGCUGGCAUGUCGUUGCUCGUCAUCGACACCGAGAACAAGUUCGUUUCUUCCGGUACCGCCGAAAAAUUGGCUCAAGCGGGGCGAGGUAAGUAUUACUACCUGCCGAACGGCACGGAGAGGGAAAUCGCCGCGGCUACCGCGGCUGCCAUGCAGGAUGCCAAGACGGCGUAA